AUGAGGACCAGGCACGUGAACCUGCUCAUCACGCUCAUCGCUGUCGUGCUCUUCAGCUUCUCCUGCUUCUGCAUCUCCAGGAUGACUCAAACCAGUAAUCAAUUAACUAAUUGUAGAAACCAUAUUUCGGAGUUUAAGGAAAGUAUACUACGCUUAAAAAACAAAACAGAAAGAAAUCGCCAAGAGUUGCUUAAUGCCUUCAAGGAAAUGAAGCUUGACAUUUCAGAGAAAGAACAUGAUGCACAAAAUGCAGUUGAGAAGAAAGUGAAUACCUCAGAUACGAAUGAAACAGUGUCUGAUGCAUUUGAAGUCUUAAAGUUCUUUUUCCCUCAUCUAAGGAAAGUAGACAGAAUUUAUCCUGAUGUAAUCAUGGGCAGAGAGAAAACAGGCGUUACCUUUGCCCUGGGUAUUUCCACUGUCAACAGAGGAAAUUAUAGUUACCUGAAGCAAACACUGACCUCUCUCCUCUCCAGGAUGACUCUUCCAGAAGAGAAGGACUCUGUGGUGAUUGUCUCUAUCGCAGAUAGUAACGAAAAUUAUGUAAAAUCCGUGGUUGACAUGAUUACAAAAAAAUUCAAAAGGCAGGUGACAUCUGGAUCCUUAGAAGUCAUUUCAAUACCUGCUUAUUUUUAUCCAAACAUAUCACAUGCCGCCGGAUCAACUGACGACUCAGAAAAAUUAGAGAGUUGGAGAAUCAAACAAGUAUUAGAUUUUUGUUUUUUGAUGCUGUAUGCCCAGCCCAAAGCUAUGUAUUAUUUACAGCUGGAAGAUGAUAUCAUAGCUAACAAGAUGUACCUUACAAAAAUCACAGAUUUUGUACAUAACAUCACUUCAAAUAAUUGGCUUUAUAUUGAGUUUUCAGUUCUUGGAUUUAUAGGAAAGCUAUUUAAAUCUGAAGAUUUAACUGACUUUGUACGUUUUUUUUUAAUGUUCUACAAAGAUAAACCCGUAGAUUUGCUCUUGGGGGACAUUUUUCUGGUAAAGAUGUGUACCCCAGGAGAAGCUCUUGAAAAAUGUAUAGAACGAAAUAAGCAUAUUCGUAUUCGAUAUAAACCUUCUCUUUUCCAGCAUGUGGGUAUACAGUCAUCAUACCCUGGAAGAGAACAAUAUUUCAAAAUAGAGCAGACGGAGGUGGUUGCAAAAGGACAGAAUAAGGAAAAAGUAUUGUCAGAAAACUGUCAUGAAAAUAAUUACGUCCUUAUGAAUGAAUAA